AUGAAGGGUGGUGGUAUCGAGAACCCGGUGUUUGAGCCGCCCAGCCCUGACCUCGGCCGCCAGUACCAAGCGAACCCCGCCGGGGCAGACGCCAGCGUCGUUGAGGCUGAGGAGGGGCCCUGCGGGUGGGGCCGCUUCGCCCCUAAGGCUCUGCAGCUCUGCAACAAUCCUGAGGGCUACCUGGCUGCCUACAGCCUCCUGGCUAUCUUCCAAGGUAUUGUGGUAAACGGCCUGAUUAACAUUAGUAUCUCAACAAUUGAGAAGCGUUAUGAGUUAAACAGUUUUCUCACUGGCUUAAUCUCUGCGAGCUAUGACAUUGCUUUUUGUAUGUUGUCACUGUUUGUAUCUUUCUUUGGAGAAAGAGGACACAAACCACGAUGGCUUGCCUUCUCAGCAUUUAUGCUAGGAUUGGGCUCACUUGUAUUUUCCUUACCACACUUCAGUAGUGGAAACUACCACUAUGGAGCUAAACUUGAAGACACAUGUCAAAUUACAGGAACAAGCUCUGCUAACUUCACUUGCAGUGCCAGAACAAAGUCUUCACUUUCCAACUAUCUGUAUGUCUUUAUCCUGGGACAGCUACUGCUGGGAGUUGGAGGAACUCCACUAUAUACUUUGGGGACAGCUUUUAUUGAUGAUAGUGUCCCCAAACAUAAGUCUUCCCUUUAUAUAGGAAUUGGCUAUGCCAUGUCCCUGUUGGGUCCUGCUAUUGGCUAUGUCUUAGGAGGGCAGCUGCUUAAUGUUUAUAUUGAUAUAAAGAUCCCAGAAAGUACACAGAUGGAUCAAGAUGACCCACGUUGGCUUGGAGCAUGGUGGAUAGCAUUUCUGGCAUGUUUUCUUGCGAUUUGGCUUCUUAUAAUACCUUUUUCAUGCUUUCCAAAACGUCUACCAGGAACUGCAAAAAUACAGGCUGAAAAAAUAUCCGAAACUCAUAAUGAUGGAAGUGAGGUUCUUGUUGCAACCAAGAAUAUUGGAAAAAGUUUUAAAGACUUUCCCAUGGCUCUCCUGAUACUGCUGAAGAAUCCAGUGCUUUUAAGUCUAAUAAUGGCCAGUGCUUCAGAAGCUUUAGUUGCCACUGGCUUUGCCACAUUUCUACCAAAGUUUAUAGAAAAUCAGUUUGGAAAGACAUCGAGUAUUUCAGCAACUCUUGGAGGACUUGUAUUAAUUCCAGCAGCAGCACUAGGCCAAAUCAUAAGUGGCAUCUUGGUUUCCAAGUGCAAAAUGGAUUGCAAAAGCAUAAUCAAGUUCAUUAUAGGCACUUGUUCUGUGGCCCUACUAUUAAACACAGUGUUUUUAUUUGCUAAGUGUGGGAAUGAACCUUUCGCAGGUGUCUCUGAAACAUAUAAUGGAACAGGCAUGUUGUAUAACUUAACAGCACCAUGCAAUGCUAACUGCAGAUGUUUGCGCUCCAUAUACUACCCAGUUUGUGGCAGAGAUGAAGUCCAGUACUUUUCUCCCUGUUUCGCGGGGUGCACAUCACAUGUUUUUAACGACAGAUUGAAGGUGUACCACAACUGUUCCUGUAUUGGGAAACCAAAAAGAGAAAAUAGCUCAGAAGACUUUGUCUAUGAAGCUAUCUUUGGGAAAUGUCCAACACAAUGCAAAUUUCUACCCAUAUUCCUGACCUUCUUCUUUUUUGCUGUUUUUUUUACAUUUAUGGCUGUUACUCCAACAACUGUGGCCAUUCUCAGGUGUGUGCCAGAUAAACAGCGGUCAUUUGCUCUUGGAGUACAGUCAGUGUUUCUACGACUACUGGGUACUAUUCCUGGGCCAAUUUUGUUUGGUGUUGCUAUAGACAACAGUUGUACUCUGUGGGAUGUCAGUGAGUGUAAUACUAAAGGAGCCUGUUGGUCUUACGACAAUGAAAGAAUGGCUUAUCUGCUGAUGGGCAUAAGUGCUGCUUGCAAAAUCAUCACGAUCGUCUUUGUGGUCAUGGCAAUGUGUUUGUAUAAGCCUCCACCAGCAAGUGCAGUCUUGUCACAAAAGGAUUCAGAAAUGGUAGCUGGUAUACACACAUAA